AUGCCGGCUUGGCGAGAGGCAUUAGCUUCCCGGAAACUGAAUCCUUGUUUUACUCUGAUAAUUUUCUCGUUUAUGGUGUCUUUUACGUUAUCGAUAAUGGAUUUGACUUUGAGGAUAAACAUUCUCCAUUUGCCAGUGCUUGUUAUGUGGCUUAUAACAUUGUGUUCCGUUCUUUUAACCGUUGUUUUCUGGUAUUGUCAUUCUUCGAUUUCAUCAGUUCUCAAACGACCCCGAAAUCAGCGACCGCCGCCGUCACCUGUUGAACGCGACAGAGACCUUGGGAGAAGUCAAGAGGCUGUUGCAUCAAAACUGGAACUUCCAAGAAAAACGGAGAACUCAAGUUUGCUACGUAAAUGA